AUGGAUGAUUGCGUUGUAUUGUUCGGCCCAUUGUUUCUGUCUGGCACAGAAGGGCCCGUCAUCGGCUGCACGUUGAGAGCGCUAGGCCCAGACGUUGACCAGCUGGGCUGGGACGACCUGGAACUGAAGCUGGUCCAGGGCAUGCAUGCGUACCGGACCACUCUUCCCCAGGCGUCUCCUUUCUACGGGGUGAUCUACCGAAAUUGCCUGGUGCGAUUUUACCGGGAGGUGCUGGGUGAACCGGGAGCGAUAAUUUCCGAGUACCAUCCGACUCUGCUGUGGGGACCCAGGGCGAUGCAUGUCGAUAUCGAUCGUGAACUCAUUGAGCUGUGGUUUAAGGAGGCGCGGGGAGUCGCGGUGCGUGAGCAGUGGUAG